AUACAACAAUAACAACAGUAUAUUCGUCGUGGUUCUAUCAUUUAGUGUGUUUAACAAAUGUUAUUGAACAGUUCUUCGUUUAAUAAACAAUUAAUCGCGAAUGUGGAUCUUAAUUUAUUAUGAAGUUGAAUCUUUAACAGAAUCUGACAUUAUCUUAUCAUUACAUUGAUCACAAGAGUAUUAUCCAGUAUCUCGUGGAAAUCGAUAAUUAUUAAAGAACAAACAAUGAAUUUUCCUAUUAAUUUAGCGACUAUUUGUUUGUAUAUAACGCUAGCAAAUUGUUAUAUAAUCGACCCGGGGCCGCGUUAUCCGGCCACUAAAGGGGAAAUUUGGCCGCAGCCGAAAAAUCAAACGAAAAGCGACGAAUUCUUCGUUUUGAAACCGUCCAAUUUUGAAUUUAAGUUAACGACUUCUUCAGGAAAAUGCAAGUUGCUGGAAGAUGCUAUAGAGAGAUACAAAGAUAUAAUUUCCUCGACGCACCUAAUCGUUAAGAAAAUGAGGAAAACCCUGGACCUACAGGGUCGCAAGAAAACUUGGUUGACGAACGAAAACUUCAAAGGCAAUAUCAAUGUACUGGAUGUGACCUUGAACGGACCUUGCGGCACCAAGGACUUUCCCACGGAAGAUUCGUCGGAAAAUUAUUCAAUCCAAAUAGGAGCCAAGAGAAACGUAUUGAGCUCCGAUUCAGUAUGGGGAGUAAUCAGAGGACUGGAAUCCUUCUAUCAAAGCAUUUAUUUAGCAGACGAUAAUCUAUCUCUGAGAAUCAAUCGAACGAUAAUCGAAGAUUCGCCGAGGUACUCGUACAGAGGCCUUCUACUGGACACAUCCAGGCAUUUCAUCCCGUUGGAAAAAAUCCAACUAACCAUCGAUGCAAUGGCGCAAAAUAAGCUCAACGUUUUCCAUUGGCACAUCGUAGACGAUCAGAGCUUCCCCUACGUCAGCGAAGUUUUCCCCGAACUGAGCGCAAGCGCAGCAUAUGCACCAGUCUACACUUACAAACCCGAUCAAAUCAAAGAUAUCAUCGAAUACGCCAGAGUCAGGGGUGUUAGAGUAAUACCGGAAUUCGAUUCGCCUGGACACACCAGGUCUUGGGGCGUCUCUCAUCCAGAGUUGUUGACCGCCUGCGAAGGAGCUUACGCGCUCAAAUUGGGUCCGAUGAAUCCCGCCAGGAACGGAACCUUCGAGUUCAUCGAGAAACUCUUCGGGGAGGUUAAAGGAGUCUUCGCCGACGAUUACAUCCACCUGGGGGGCGACGAGGUCGGAUUCGAAUGUUGGCAAAGUAGUUCAGAAAUCAACGAUUUCAUGAAAACACUCAACAUAACGGACAACUACGAGGCCUUGGAGAGUUAUUACAUUCAAAAAGUCAUCAAUUUGGUGGACAAAUUGAACUACAAAUCCAUAGUGUGGGAAGAAGUGUUCAAUAACGGUGUCAUCAUACCGAACGCCACCAUCGUACACGUUUGGAAAGACGAUUGGCGAGACACGAUGUUACAUGCGACAAGCAGUGGUCAUCACGCCAUACUCUCCUCCUGCUGGUAUCUGGACCAUCUGGAAAGCGGAGGAGAUUGGUUCAGUUUCUACGAAUGCGAGCCCAACACCUUCUCAAACGAUCCUAAAUUACGUUCAAUGGUCGUAGGAGGCGAGGCUUGCAUGUGGGCGGAAGUGGUCGAUGCCAAUAACGUGAUAUCCAGAAUUUGGCCCAGAGCCUCGGCUACAGCCGAAAGACUUUGGUCUUUCGUCGAUGAUGAUAAGGUGGAGGAAGAUGAGCUGAGAAGGAGGCUCGAAGAGCACACGUGCAGAAUGAACAGGAGAGGAGUGGGUGCGCAACCGCCCAACGGACCCGGUUUUUGCCUGUUGUAAACUAAUCGUUGGAGCCCAAAGAACAUUGUAAAGUUCUACGUGAACACUAAGAAGAUUGAGGAUUUGUGUUAACACUAAAAUUUUGUGAACAACAAAGGAUUGUGUUAACUCUAACGAUUGUGUUAAUAAAGUAAUUG